GGAGACAUCGGGGGUGGUCCUGGGUGCCUGGGACACCUUUCCUGGACUAUAAAUUGAGCACCUGGGCUGGGCAGGGGGCUGAAGCAGCUACCACCACCUGCACUCACAGCCCAGUUAGUGACCGCAGCAGCGCCCUUGGGCAGCCACGGUCCGCAACGCAAACACUGAGAACCGGGAGAUCUCUCAGCUCAAGAGGUCAAGGCUAAACCCAACCACCCACUGUCAUCGCGAGCCAAAGCUAGGAGCAGCCGCGCAUCACUCAGGGCUGGGCUGCGACAGAAACCAGAGUUAGAGAGGGCGGAGAAGGAUCUGGGAAUCCCGUCUCACCGGCUGCAAGCAGGCUCCCGGCACCGGCCUCCGAGAGCGCUUGAAGGCAGACAUUGCCAGCGGUCUAUCUCGGUUUACCAGCGCCCCAGUGUUUCCGCACCCGCUUGGCCACCAUGAUGCAAAUCUGCGACACUUACAACCAGAAGCACUCGCUCUUUAACGCCAUGAAUCGCUUCAUUGGCGCGGUGAACAACAUGGACCAGACCGUGAUGGUGCCCAGUCUGCUGCGCGACGUGCCCCUCUCCGAGCCGGAGCUAGACAACGAGGUCGGCGUGGAGGUAGGAGGCAGUGGUGGCUGCCUAGAGGAGCGCACGACCCCGGCCCCCAGCCCCGGCAGCGCCAAUGGAAGCUUUUUCGCGCCCUCCCGAGACAUGUAUAGCCACUACGUGCUGCUUAAGUCCAUCCGCAACGACAUCGAGUGGGGAGUCCUGCACCAGCCGUCGUCCCCGCCGGCAGGGAGCGAGGAGAGCACCUGGAAGUCCAAGGACAUCCUGGUGGGCCUGAGCCACCUGGAGAGCGCAGAUGCCGGCGAGGAAGAUCUGGAGCAGCAGUUCCACUACCACCUGCGCGGGCUGCACACCGUGCUCUCCAAACUCACCCGCAAAGCCAACAUCCUCACCAACAGAUACAAGCAGGAGAUCGGCUUCAGUAAUUGGGGCCAGUGAGGCAGGCCUCUUCUCCGCUGCCCAGCACCCUUUCGGGCCGUCUCUCCCACCCCUCUCUUUCCCCCAAGCUAUUUUCUUCCUGGUUGUGUGGCGCGAAGGGCACGCUGAAAAGUUGGGCUGUGUACGUGG